UUGCUGAUUUCAGGUUAGAAAAUGGGGGCAAGCCUCAUCCCUGUACUCUUCUUCACAAUAGUGUGGGGGGUAGUUGGAGGCAUUCUACCCUUCCUUAUCCCCGCGUCUCCGCACAAAAGCGUUAUUCAGGUAUCCCUGCUUCUGACCGGCAUAUGUUGCUGGCUCUUCUGGUUAUGUUGCUAUAUGUCCCAGAUGAACCCUCUCAUCGGGCCCAUUUUAGAGAACAAGGCACUGUUCGCCAUGAAGCAAGAGUGGGAGUAAAUAAAUCCAUAAUUCCAUAAAAAUAUUCUUCAGUAACCUUGUAAACAUGUAUGAUUGAACCUUGUAACGGGCAAGGACUGAGUUCUGCCAAAAUUUACCAUCAAGCAGCAGUGCAGUGCUCGGUCCUUCACCGUUCUUAUUUAGUUCUUUGUGUUAUUUAUAAAUAUACUCUUUUUUGUUUUCAUAUGUCUAGUUGUAG